ACCACAUUGUCUACCUCUGCCAUAGCUGUGUUAAAGGAACCACUAAAAAGGGAUCAGAACUUGUUUGACUGACUGGAGAAAACAUCGCCUGAGUGAUUUAAAACAUUGCGCUAUACUAGUAAUGGGCAGAGUGACCUGCAAAGUGUAAGCUCUCAAAUUCUUGUCUUUUCCAACUGCUGAAUGCAAAUAACUUAAACCUGGCACCAGUGAGAGAAGCAGGUGCAAUGCAUUCCAGAUAUGGCUCUAUUUAAAGCUUCCGAAGCCUCAGAGAUGCAACAGCAGAGUUGACCGUUAAAUCAGUUCUAUUUAGACACACAAGAGAGGAAUGGCAAAAACAGAGGACGUCCCAUAUUCCCAUUAUGUGGUACCCGUCCUCCUGUUGAUUGGCUGGAUUGCAGGAUGUGCAUUAAUGGUUUACUUUGUCUUCUCUUAAAAGAGGGAAAGAAGCCUUUGCAAAAGAACUUGGUUGAAGAAAUAUCUAUUCUUAUUUAAACAUACCAUGCAAACUAUAUUACAAUGUAUAACCAAAGCAAUUUUGUAAAUUUUAAGUAAUUUUUGUAUUAAAAUUGCAUUGGAUGCUGGGUGAUACAA